GUGCAUGAACGAAUCAGAAAAGAUCAGAAAUUUUCAGGGAAAACGAUUUUCUCCCAGAAUGUUUUGUGUACACGGCGUGGUCCUCGUACUACUAUCCUUGGUCAUUAUUUUAAAUGGUGUAGACUCAAGUGGCGACAUUUGCCAACUGGGCUGGAGAUGGUAUAAUAACCACUGUUAUCUGUCAAGACAUGAUGUGACCACAUGGACCAAUGCACAGCAAGAAUGUCAGAGGCUUGGUAGUAACCUUGUAACUAUAGAAACUGCUCACGAAAACUCGUGGCUAAAGGGACUUGCAGGCUUAUCAGAUAACCCUUGGAUUGGAGCAAAUGACCAAAGUAGAGAAGGGGACUGGAGAUGGGUCAUAGACAACUCUAAAGUGACAUUCUCAGACUGGGGAUCGGGUGAACCAAAUAAUGAUCUAGGUCACGAAGAUUGUGCGCAGUUCUACCACACCAAUCAAUGGAAUGACAACAUCUGUACAGUUUAUUGUCCUUUUAUUUGCGAAAAAGAAGAUAAAUGUCUCUCCCAUCCCUGUUUAAACGGAGGGACGUGUACCAGGUCAGGAUCAAACUUCAACUGUAGCUGUACAAAUGAAUACCAAGGAAUCAACUGUCAGCUUCCGAAAAUUCAUGAAAAGGGAAAUCUGUUUAUCACAAAACUUUAUAUCAAUUUACGAUUUCUGUGGCACACAUUGCGUGUAACAUGUACCACUUGUUUCCAUUUACACGAUACAGUUGACGCCUGUCUGAUAUCUCCUUGCACGAACGGCGCUACGUGCAACAGGGUUGGAUCGGACUACAGCUGUUCCUGUACCGACAGAUACACCGGGUCAAAUUGUACCAAAGAUUGUAGGCCCGGGCCAGCUGAUAUAGUAAUUGUAUUGGACUCCUCGAGUAGUGCUGAAAUCGUGUUAAAUGCGUCUAGAUCAUUUGCAGCAUCAGUUGUUGAAAGAUUGUCAAUAGACGUUGAUGACUUCCGAAUCGCAAUACUGACGUAUUCAGUUGAUGUCCACCUUGAGUUUGCGUUUAACAAUCAUACGAACAAAACAUCAUUGCUUACUGCUAUACACAAUAUCUCAAGUGGGUCAAGUGCGUCCUAUCUACAUACAGCGCUGAGGAAGGCAUCGGAUAUACUACUUUCUGAUUCCCAAUUUGGAGUGAAACAAUAUAUCCUCCUUCUAUCAGACGGACUCUCCACCUAUCGACAAGACGCCGUACAGCAAUCACGAAAUUUGACGGCGCGGGGUGUUAAGGUUCUGUGUGUGGGGAUAGGAAGUCAGGUAGCCCAGGAGGAACUGCUCGAGAUAGCUACAGAUACUCCGUACGUCUUCUCUCCUAGUAACGACGAUGUCCUCAAUGUCAUUCUUAUGGAGACAGCGGAUAUGGAUUGUACAGAUUGCCUGAUCAAUAAGUUCUCCGACAUUGUGUUGUUGGUAGAUGUAUCUAAAUACCAGUCAGCUCAGCUACAGAGGACAUUGGACACCGUUAGGUUCUUCAUACAGCAGGUCCGGGCGUAUUUCUCCGAUACACGGAUAGCGAUGGUCACGUUCGAUGUCCGUCAACAUGUGAAAUUUGGCCUGACUGACGAUCAAGACACUGACGGUAUACUUGUCAAGAGUCAGAUAGGCAUUACUACGUACGAUCUGGAGUCUGACGUCAAAGCAGCGUUAGCGUUUGUCCGUACUUCUGUAUUAAGUGGUGCUCGAGGAACCAGCCGAAAGUUUGUGGUAGUGUUUUCUAAUGAAGGUUGGACAGACGUGGACGGUAUUGUACGUGAGAGACAAGCCCUUAAUUUGGACAAUGUCACUGUGGCGUUUGUUCCUGUGGGACUCUCAGCCGAGCUUGAUACCGUGUAUUCUGUCGCCGACCAAGCAAGCGACGUGUACUACGUCGGAAAUGACCAGGAGGACCACGACGAGGACAGACUGAAGGCCCUUAUAGCUCAGACGUCUCACGUGGAAUGUGUUCCUGAUUUGUUUGAUAAACGACAGUGAGAUGUACUGGAUAGAUGUUAGAUUAUCAUCAUACUGCACUAAACACUUUGUAAAUACACCUUUAUAUAAACAUCAAAACAAAAUGGAGCAUCAGGUUGAGUGUACAUAUAUUUUCGGAUAAAAAAGCUUGCUAUUCAAAGCAGGCAUUGUUU